AUGGAACAAAUAAAACUAACAACUAUUUCAGCAAGACAUUCAGAAGAAGAAGAUUCGGAUGAGGAGUCCGCAUCGCUUCCACCUUCCUUGUCAACACUAACCGUAAGUGAGAAUUCCGAGACGAUAGACGACAAAGAAUGGCUUCUUAAAAAUAAGCAUAUUUCUGCUAAAGGUUUUUCUCGAAGAAGUGGAGAACAUGCAGAGGAGGAUUUAUGUCAAGCCUCUGGAAGUCGAAGAGGGAAUUUAAAAUAUGAUAAUUCGGAAAAUAUAACAAAAAUGUGGGCGAUGGCUUGUGCCUGUACGUUUGGUGUCGGAAGUCACUUUGCUUCACAUAUUAUUGGACCUAUGAAGGGGAUAUUAAUGGAGACACAAAAUCUAAUAAUGGUUAUUUUACUGGCUCGUUAUUUAUUGAAAAAGCAACUUGAUCUCACGAACACUCAAUUUUCACUAUUGAUCGCAUCAAUUACUCUAUGUAAUACGGUAAUACCAAUUGUUUCAGGUCUGCUAGUAGCAAAAUUUGGAACUACUCGUAGUUCUUUGGUUAUAACAUCAAUAAUAUUAUUGGGUAUGAUGAUUUUCACUGCCGCAAGUUGGGAUGGUAAAGUUGGAUUUAUGAUUGUUGGAUUUAUCGUUUUCGGCAUGGGUUUGGCACCUUUAACAAUCGUCCAAGAAACAAUUAUUGCCUCAUUUGUUGCUACCGUGCUAGCUGUUCCAUUAUCCUUAAUGGAGCCGUUUACAUAUCGUACACCUUUCAUAGUGGCUACUAUAACAUGUGCAAUGUCAUGGAUUAUGAAUAUUGUAUACGUGUUUUUAUUAAAUCACGCUGACAAUAAGAAAAAUCAUAGGAAGGAAGGCAUUGCAAUGCAUUCGGUGGUGGAAAAAAAGACUUGCAGUAACAUCAUUAAACAUCGAUUUGACACAACGGAUAUGCUUGCCGCGUGGGAUUCUUCUAUAAUAUUAUUACUACCCGUAAUAUUAUAUCCCUUUUUGGGAUUGUUCUUGGAUAAAUAUGGUUUUAGGUUGUGGAUAUUAAUAUUUGGAUCGGCAGGCAUAUCCAUCACCUAUUUAUUAUUACUUUUACCGCCACAUAUGAUACAUCCAUUUCCACCUUUAUUCCUUUUCGCUGUGGCUUUCACAGCAGUUCCACUUACUAUGGUUACCCUCAUUCCAUUGCUCACAAAACAUGUUUCCACUGGUCUCGGGCUUCUUAAAAGUGUGGAUAAUAUUGGUGCGACUCUUUGUCAAACUUUUGCUGGAUUAUUGUUAGAUGAGCAUGUAAGACGUAAAAAAUACAUAAUUGAUGAUAAAGGUAUAGAGUACGGUCAUGAGAAUGAUGAUCUGGUGGCUUUAAGGAUGUUUGCCAUAUUAGGUAGUAUUUUGUUUUUGGUCUCUUUAAUAUUUUGGUGGAUGGAUAAAACGUAUAAAAGAGGAAUUUUAAAUACUAAAUAUGAAGGUGAUUAUAAUCAUGAUCAUGAUAAUACGAAUUCUAAUAAUUAUGGACAACUAAGAAAUGAAGAAGAUGAUGAGGUUAUUGGCAUGGAAAUGAUUUGUAUGGAAGAUGAAACACCCUUUGUUAAAGUUGAAUAUAACGAGAAAAGGAAAAGAACUAUUGUUUAUAUGUGUAUUUUAUGUCUGAUAUUGAUCAUAUGUUGGACUGUUUUUGGAGUCGUCGCAUUCGAAAAAGCUGGAAAAAGUGCAUUAUCGGAAUAA